CUGUUCUGGUUUGACAGUUCGUAAUGAUUAAAAUGGCGAAUUUUUAGAAGUCAAACAAAGGGUUCUUGAAAAGUAAAAGUGCUGGAUUAACUUAUUAUUGAUACUGACAGUUUCAACUUUUGGUGGAAAUCAAUUGAACAUAAUUGUGUUUUCAACAUGUUGUGUUUGGACGUUAUCCCCGAAUUUUCUUUGGGCUGCGAUCAAUGGCAAUUUGUUUUAGGAAUGCAUUUUUCCCAAGCUGUUGCUAUUAUUCAGUUACAAGUUGGUAAGAUAAAAGGUGUCCAAGUUUUAUACAAUGAUACUGAUCCAUUGACGGUAGACAUGGUAAUAAAUCUUUCACAAGAUGGAAUAAGAUUAUUUUUUGAUCCUAACUCGCAAAGACUGAAACUAAUAGAAAUUUACUCAAUGAAAUCAGUCAAAUUGAAAUAUUGUUCAAAAUUCUUCAGUUCUCCUGAGGUGGUGCCAACGUAUCAAGUGAUUGAAGAAUACUUUGGUGCCACACAUCCGGGUCUCUACGAUGAGGAAAAGCAACUUUUUAUGUUGAAUUUCCGAGGAUUAACGUUUUAUUUCCCUGUGAAUACAAAAUUUCUGGAAAUGGCUCGGGAACAGGUCAAUGGGGAUUCCAAAAAUACCAUAGGUUCUUUAAAUUUUCCCUGCGGGACCUCGGCAAUAGUUUCCCGCGUGGCUAUAUAUUCUGGUCAAAAUAUCGAUAAUACCGCCGCACCUGAACUGCCUCUUUCCUGUUUUUAUGGACAAGUUUAUUUAGAGAAGGCAGUUUUAUUGAGAGGGCAGAAUCGUACCAAAGGUAUCAAGCUGAAUCUGGUGGCUGCGUCUCACACACGCCUGACAGAAGCUUCGAAAAAACACUUCGAACGGACCAUCCUUCUGGGGCAAUCAGCUCAAGAAAUCACCUCUGCCAUCGGGUGCCCAUCAAAGGUUUUCUAUAAAAGUGAGGACAAAAUGAAGAUUCACAGUCCUAAUAAUCUGCGCAGCGUUACUGCCGACCUGAGUGAUUACUUUUUCAAUUACUUUACACUCGGUUUGGAUUUGUUAUUUGACGCACGCACAAACUUGGUUAAAAAGCUGGUUCUUCACACCAACUAUCCUGGACACUACAACUUCAACAUGUAUAUGCGAUGUGAGUUCACUCUUGCUCUUAAUGGCACGACAGUGGACGCUUCUUCGAAAUGGAAUCAAGUCUGUGAGAAUCUGACUCCGAGCGAUCAACCCGUGGUUCUUAACCGAGCCAGUUCAACAAAUACCAUAAAUCCCUUUGGUAGCACUUUCUGCUAUGGAUAUGAAGAUAUUAUUUUCGAAGUAUUGCCCAAUAAUUAUAUAGGUUCGUUAAGCAUAUUUGGAGAUGGUAGAAACUAUCAAAUUGCCCAGCACAAUGCGUGACAGAGGCUCUCUGCCACUUACCUUGUCCUGGCUAAUAGGUACUGGCAACCAUGACUCAUAUAAUUAAUAUUAAUGUCUAUUUGUAUAUCGCAAUUCAACACAAGGAGUCGUUUAACUUAACUAUAAGAGUACAGGUAGAACUGAAAAUGAAGAAUUAAAGAUAAGCCAAGAUUUUUUAGUAUCAAAUGAUGUACGCGUUUUUUAACAAAUGAUGUGUUUGUAGUUAACUGUAAAUUCUCAAGCUUAUAAGUUUUUCGAAAAUUUCAUCGAUUUUCCGGUUAUUUCGAAGGUUGAAUUUUGAAAUAUAAAAAAAAAUUAAAAAUAUAAAAUGGAAGAAAAAUAUACGCUUAUAUGUCGUUCUAGUUAAUUUAAUGUUAUAAUUUAUAUUUGUUUCUUGUUUUACAUAAUUCGAAGUUUUUACAUUGAGUAGUUUAUUGAAUUAUUGGGUCAGUUAUGUACACAUUGUGUUCACUUACAGUAUAAAAACUCCAUAUACAUAUUUAUUUUUUAGGUACAAGUAACUUUUGUGAAUACAAUAAAAUUUUGGAAUUUAAAAAAAUCUUAUACUGUUUCCUUUAUUUACAAAAUUUAUAUAAUUAUACUAUAUUCCAAUUAUUAUCAUCAUAUAUAUUUCCCUUGUUGUUUUUCAAUAUUUUUCUGUUUUAUGUAAGAAGUAUUGCGAACAUUUCAUUUCAUUUCUGUUUUUAGUUGAAGUUGUAGUAUAUGUUGAAUUUUUAAUUUUAUUAUGGCAUACCAUCAAUCGAAAUGUUUAUGAAAAGCCAAGAAAUUUGAACCUUAAACAAGUUCAAUUGCAUUCUUUUUUGUCAUGCCUACUGAAUUGAUUUAAGCUAACGGUAUCUUCAAUAACGACACUCAGUUCAGAUAAAUGAAAGAAAAAGUGAUACAAAAAUUGUUGGUUGCUUUUGUACAUCAUAUUAUUGUUUCCAUUCAUAACCAAAGUUCAAAAAAUGUGAAAUGUAUAUAUAAAGUACUAGUUUUAGUUGAAAUUACAAUAGGUUCAGUUCAUUUAAUUCAAUAAUAUAUUAAGUUAUUAUUUCCUAUGAAGUAUUGUAAUUGAAUUUAGUUGUGUGUAUUUCUAUCAACUCAAUUACCUAUGUGAUUUCCAAAUCAUCCUUUUGAGAGGUGUAAAUAAUUCAAUUUGAAAGUGAUUUAUCCAAAAGAUCUCCUGGCCAUACAAUAAAGAUUAUUCAUA